AUGGAGGGAUGGGAUUUAGUUGGUGGCUGUCUGGCCGAUCUGAAACUCGGCAACUCUGGAAAAUACAAACGAUGGCUAGAUUUUGGUUUAGCAGGAUGGGUGAGAAAAAAGAGGGCUCGUGGCAGCGGCGGUUUUGGUUCAACAUCUCGUGGUUUUGGCAAGCCGCCAACCAUAUUCAACACCUCCACCACCUACUCCCCUACACCACCACCACCCACCCCCUACCACAACCACCCAUAUCCUCCCACCACCUACACCCACCACUUUACAACCCACACCAACCACCAACCACCACCACCACCUCUUACACCCACACCCACUAUUGACACCAAUACCGACCACCACCCACCACAUACUGAUCACACACUGCCCACACCCACCACCAACCGCCACCACCACCACCCAUACCCAACACCCACCAUUACCCGCCGCUCACACCCACCACUAACCACCAACACCACCACCACCCAUACCCAACACCCACCACUCAUCACCACUAACUACCACCACCACCCACCACCUACCACCACCACCACCCAUACCCAACACCUACCAUGCACACCCAUACCUACCACCACCACCUAUCACCUUCUCCACCCAAUACCAACCACCAAUACCCACCCAACACCCCUCCACAACCACCUCCACCAAACACCACCAACCAACCAACCCCACCACUCACAACCACCCACCACCGCCCACCAACCACCACUACCCAUUAACCGCCCCCAACACCCACCCAUCCACUAUCACCAAUAUGUUGGAUUAGGUGUCUAA